AAGCGCCCUGAGGAGCCCCUCGAGGGGCUGUUCAGCUGGUCACUGGUCGACGGCAAGGAGGCGCUGGUUUUUGAUUUUGAUUACUGCGACAAGAAGCUGCUGCAGUACUCCGCGCACGCUGGGCAAGCGGUGCGUUCAGACUUCACGAAGACCAACUUCAAUUACAUUACCGCCCACCUGAGGGUGUCGGACACCCUGUCCAGCAGUGGUGAACCAGACCUCCUGCACAGGUACAUCGAUUUCAAGAUCGACGAUCGCAUGCUUCGCGCAAGCGCCUUGGGCCGCCGGGAUCAGGAGCUCCGCAGGAGGGCCCUCGGGGUCGCCAUGUGCGUGGCGGCGGCGGUGCACAGCAACCGCUUUGCGGCGGCGGUGCCGAUUGAGUUUCAGCGCGUUGUCCAGCAUCUGCGGCAGUGA